AUGGAAAGGAUCGAGCUUGUGAAGGGCAUAGAGGCAAAUGCAGAAAGGAUUCUGGAGGACUUUACCGAGAUUCUCCAGUAUCUGAGGUCCGGAGGUUCCGACAAGUGCGACGAGGUCCAGAACUUGCUUUUUGCGAGCCGGAGAACGGUGGACCUCAUUGAUUCUGCUCUGGAAAUGUAUCAUUAUUUUGUAAGACUAAAGUAUCUUACUGCUGACGUCGAGAAGCCUGAGGCGAUGGAUAAGAGAGAUGGGGGCAAGAUGCUUGCGAACAUGUUUGGAGAGUUGAACGCGAAUUUAGGAGUCUAG